AUAAAAAACCCUAAGUAUUUAUAAAUAUGUUUUAUCUGUCACGAUUCUCUUACACAGAGAAUGCUCGCUUGGAAGGCGAGUACAGAGUAAUUUUUAGAACAGGACAUUCAUUCUUCAAUAAAUUGUUGAAUUACUUUAAUAAACAAAGGUGAGGAAAAGUAACCAAACAUGAUUAUAAAAACUUUAUUUGUCUUGACUGCUUUUGGAUGCACAUUUCUUAGUCUGUGCUGGGCUGAUGAAGAAAUAGAAAACGGCUAUAUUUUCACUUCUCCACGAUAUUUGAAAAAAGAACAAAAUAAUCAAUUACAGCUCGUUCGAUAUGGAUGUCUUGACGACAGUACUUUGAAUGUUCAAUUAUUCUAUAAGAAAAAUUACAACUCAAAUGAAACGCUUGCUCAGCAACAGGUUUACAAUAUACCAAAAGGCAAAAAGGAUACAAUACUAAAUUUUGUCUUAAAGCCAUUUAAUGACACAAAUAAUGUAUACAGUGGAAGACUACAAAUUAAUGGAACCUUAUGUGGAAAGUCAAUCAGCGGCAGUGAUGAAGUCCGUUUUUCAAGUUCAAAUGCAAACGUUUACAUUAUUCAAACAGAUAAGCCAUUGUAUAAGCCUGGACAAACAGUGAAAUUCCGUGUGUUGAAGCUUGAUAAAAAUUUAAGACCAUCUAACAAAGAGAAUGAUGCAGCUGAUGUUUAUGUCGAAGAUCCAAGAGGAACAAGAUUGUUUCAGUUUAACGGAUGCCAACUUGGAAAAGGAAUCGCACAGAAUGAAUUUCCACUUGCUGAUGAACCGGUUCAAGGAACAUGGAGAAUAACAGUAAAAAAAGAUAAAGAUUCACAGACAACCACUUUUGAUGUGAAAGAAUAUAAACUGCCCAAGUUCGAAGUUUCUAUUAAAUUUCCUACCUACGUGCUUGAAACUGCAGAUAGUAUUCCCGUAUCAGUUUGCGCUGAGUAUACAUACGGUAAGCCGGUAAAGGCUCAUUUGAAUUUGAAUACAUCUCUGGAAAUGUACGAAUAUGAAUCUUCAUAUUAUAGAACUCCGAUCUUGCAAAAUUCAUUUGAGCUUGAUGGAUGCUAUAAUUACACCAUAAAUGUCACUGAAAUAGACCCUAAAAGAAGUAAUAACUACAAAAGAGUGCAAGUCACCGCUAAUGUUAUAGAAGAAGGAACAGGUGUGGAAGUAAACAAAACUGAAUAUUUGGAUAGGAGCUACACGCCUUUAAAUCUAAAUUUCAAUGUGGAUAGCAACCAUGGACAGUAUUAUAAGCCUGGCUUGCCAUACAAUGGAAAACUGAAAGUAACACAUCCUGACAACACUCCUGCCCCAGGACAGCCUGUUGAAAUCUGUGCUACAGUGAGCAGAAAAAGAAUAAUCGACACCUGGUUAGCUACCAAGGAAGUAAAAUUCUGCAAGAAUUAUACAUCGAAUUUAGCCGGGUAUAUCAAGUAUGCCUUAGUACCCCAAAACGUCGAUUCAACUUCCAUCAAUUUAUAUGCUAGAUCAUUGAAAUAUACAGGAGGAAACGGCUUGGGCAGUGCCUCAGCUAGUGCUUAUUUAAAUCCUUUCUAUUCUCCCUCUGGAAGUUUUAUUCAGUUGGAAACUAUUGAGAAACCUAUUCCAUGCGGAACGCAGAAAAAUGUGAAACUUCUAUUUACUGCUAAAGAAAACACUGAAUUUCAAUUACAGUAUCAGAUAUUAAAACAAGGUACAAUCGUGAAAAGUGGUUCAAAACGAGUGACUUUUAAUAUCAAGGAUGAUGUUUCAAGUCAAUAUGAAAAUAAUAAUGAACUUAUUAAUGGCUCAGAAACACAAAUUUCUCCAUCACUGCCAGAAUCUACAUUAAGUGAAUCUGAGGCGGCAGAUGAAGAUAACUGUCCAAGUGCAAAAGCAUCAAAAUACGUUCCCCCUAUUGGAGAAGUGAGCAUCCCGAUCGAUGUCGACGCUUCCUUGUCAGAUUCGUUCACUUUAUUAGUUUUCUAUGUGCGAGAAGAUCGAGAAACUGUUGCAGAUUCUCAAAAGAUUCAAGUCGAAAAAUGCUUCAAAAAUCAGGUAUCUUUUGCAUUCAUAAACCAAGAAGCACAGCCCGGAACCGAAACUGCUAUCCAAAUUACUUCUUCGCCUAAUUCCCUUUGCGGUGUGAAAGUAGUAGAUAAAAGCGUUUCCCUUCUUGAUUCAAGCGAUCAAUUGACAAAAGACAAAGUUUUCCAAAUUCUUUCGAAUUUGAAUCCGCCAACAUAUUACGGAUCUAAUUUCUGUUAUUCAGAUAAAAUUCAACCAGGAUUACAAUCAGUGAACACGAGCUCUAAAGUCAAUCCAACCGAUGCUUUCUACUCUUCAUCAUAUGAGGAUUCUUAUGCUGCUUUCCAGGAUGCUGGAUUCCUAGUGAUCAGUAAUUUGAUACUGUUCAGCAGACCAUGUGCGACUUAUUCGAGACCUAGUUAUGGCCCAGUUCCUUACGGAAGACCCAUUCAAAUAGUCCCAGCAGGACCAGGGACAACACCCGGAGCUAUUGCUUUAGCACCAGGCGGAGCUCCUGUUGGUCCUGCUUUUGCAACACAAUCUGCUGUAGAAGUAAGAAAUUAUUUCCCAGAAACUUGGUUGUUCCAGUUACAGAUGACAGGUUCGGAUGGAAUAUUCCAAUCAAUGGAAACCCUUCCCCACACUAUUACUGAAUGGGAUGGUAGUGCAGUAUGUAUUGACUCCCAAGAUGGCCUCGGUCUGUCGGACACAGCAUCCAUCAAGGGCUUCCAGGCAUUCUUUAUAUCUUAUACUCUUCCUAUAAGCGUCAUUAGAGGCGAAGAAUUCGUUGUAGUAGUAUCCAUCUUCAAUUAUGUCGAUGCAGCUUUACCAAUCACAGUCACUUUGGAUCAACCGCAAGGGUUUGAAGUAACUAGCGAUUUGUCCGAUACUAAUAUUUGUGUACAACCUAGUUCAAGUGAUAGUCUGCGUAUCAAAAUGAAAGGUACAAUUGUUGGAUCAAUCAAUAUAACUGUUGAAGCCGAAACAGCUUCUUCUAGUUCAGUUUGUGGAGAUUCCCCGGUCUAUGAUGGUGAGGCAAGAGAUGCCAUCACACAAUCGUUAGAAGUUGAAGCUGAAGGUUUCCCCAAUGAAAAUGUGAACAGCAUAUUAUUCUGUCCUUCAGAUGAAAAGAACAAUAAGUUUUCGACCUCCUACAGUUUACAUUUGCCUAAGGAUUCAGUGGCUAAUUCCUCAAGAGCUAUUGUUGACGUUACCGGAAAUGUGAUGGGUCCUGCCAUACAAAAUCUCAACAAUCUUGUCUCUCUUCCUACUGGAUGUGGCGAACAGAAUAUGGUGAAAUUCACUCCAAACUAUCUCGUGCUGGAUUAUCUAACAGACAUCGGGAAACUAACAGACAGCGUCAAAUCCAAUGCUAUUCGAAAUCUGAACACAGGUUACCAGCGUGAAUUGACAUUCCGACACUACGAUGGAUCAUUCAGUGCUUUUGGUAAUUAUGAUAGACAAGGCAGCAUGUUCUUGACAGCUUUCGUACUGCGCUCUUUCUACCAAGCGAAGAGAUACAUUGCCAUCGAUGACGGCGUGCUGAAAGACGCUCAAAGAUGGAUAAUAUCUAAACAGCAACCAGAUGGCUGUUUCCCCAAUAUUGGUCAAAUCAUUGACAGCGGUAUACAAGGUGGACUGAAUGAAGAUAACAAAAAUGGAACAAUAACUUCUUACGUCUUAGCAUCUCUCCGAAUUUCAGAUUACCAAAACACAACAAUCAUUGACAAAGCACUGGAUUGUUUAAAUAACAAUCCUCCAUCUACUCCCUAUGAGACAUUCUUAUAUGCCUAUGCCAAAGUUCUUGCUGGUCAGAAGGGCGCCGCUAAGAAACUUAUUAAGAAAAUUAGGCCUUUUGCAAUUAAAGAUGGUGGUUUAAAGUAUUACAGGAAUCCUAACGGUACGAAGUCUCUGGAUGUUGAAACAGCUGCAUAUGCAGUGCUGGCAAAUCUUAAAGUGGGUUACAGUAAAUCGGUUGCUCUUCCUCUCGUUCGUUAUUUAUCAACAAAUCUUAAUCCUUCAGGUGGAUUCUACUCCACUCAGGAUACUUGUGUGGGAUUGGAUGCUCUCAGCGAAUUUGCAAAACUAGUUUACGCAGAUCCCUUAGACAUUUCUGUUUCUAUCAAAGGCGGCUUAAAUGAACAUGUUCAAAUCGACGAAGACAACAAACUGUUGGUGCAACGAAAUAAAGUUACUCAAAUUCCAAGUCAACUCAACAUUGAUGCUACUGGAACAGGCUGUGGGCUCUUGCAGACAUCGCUUCGAUAUAAUACCCAUACACCACCUGAGGAAAAGUUCUUCAAUCUGCAAGUAACGGGCCAAUGUACAAGUCCAGAUUGCAAACAAAGAAUAAUUGCUGGAUCUGUGAGAUAUACACCAGAGGGGCAGAAAUCUGGAAUGAGCGUUGUUCAAAUCAAAAUGAUUUCUGGUACAAUUGCCGUAAAGGAUAGCCUUAACAAGCUGACUUUUGAUCCAACCAACAAGAUAUUAAGAGCCGAUGUUGAUAAUAAUCAAGUUAAUAUUUAUUUCUCGGAAAUAUCAAACAAUCUUCAGCAAUUUUCUUUCGAUGUUGAAGAGAUUGUAGAAGUUGAAAACCCUCAACCUGGGAUAGCUAAAGUUUUUGACUAUUAUGCACCAGAAUACUCUACAUCUGUGAGUUACACUUUUGGAAAAUGAAACUGAUACAAGAAUUUUCGACAUGAAGAUAAUAUUGUCAUCUUACUAUUUUAUAUGUGCAAAUUCAAGAAAAUUCUUCAAUUUAUUUUUGUGUAAACAGCGGAACUGACUGAUCUACAACAUGAGCCAAUGUUCAACAUAACAAAUUUUAUGCUGAAUUUUGUAAUAUAUUUUAUUGCUUUAAAUUAUAGAAUAUUAAAAUGUUUAAUUCGUGGA